AUGUCUGACAUUGACAGUCCCGUGAAGGUGGCGCCCAAGAAGAAGGUCAAGCGCAUCAUCGAGUCUGACGACGAGGAGGACGCCGCCCCAGCGCCCACUACCAACGCCUCGUCGUCCUCCAACACCAAGAGCGAGAAUGGCGACAGCAGAGUGAGCCCUCCUCCUGCCAAAAAGGCCAAGGUCGACGCACCUGUCGCGUCCAUUUUCAUGAAGAAGGAGUCUCCCAAGAAGGCCAAGGCGGAGCCAAAGGACGACGAUCAGAAGGCGUCGUCGUCGUCAAAACCUGCACCAAAGGCCAACCCGGCCUCUAACGGCAAGCCCAUUGCGUCCAUCUUUGCCAAGCCUGUCAAGAAGGAGGUCAAGGAAGAGUACGACGAUGACGACUUUAUUGUCCAUGGCGACAACGACGAGGAGGGCGAGGACGAGUUGAGUGACGAGGAGCUCGACGCUCAGGAGGGAAAAGCCGCGUCCAAGCUGGCUUCCAUUUUCACCAAGAACUACAAGAGCGUCCCUGUCGCCGACAAGGGAUGGAAGGAGGGCGAAGCUGUUCCCUAUGCUGCCCUCACCGCGACUUUUGAGAAGAUUGAGGCAACCACCAAACGCCUUGAGAUUCUCCAGAUUCUCACCCAGUUCCUUCUCGUGGUUGCUGAGCGUGACACUGCUACCGACGCCAAGAGUUCCAAUCUCCUCAAGGUUGUUUACCUCUGCAUUAACCGCCUUUGCCCCGACUAUGAAGGCACUGAGCUCGGCAUUGGCGAGUCGCUCCUCAUCAAGGCGAUUGCUGAGGGCACUGGCCGCAACGUCAACAAGAUCAAGGAGGACUUGAGGAAGGAGGGUGAUCUUGGCAAGGUUGCCAUGCCCAAGCCUCUGACGGUCCCCUACGUGUUCUCGAACCUUACCGAUAUUGCGAAGGUGUCCGGCAACUCUUCACAAGCCCGCAAAGUGGGAAUCAUCAAAAAGCUCUUGUCCGCCUGCCAGGGUAUGGAGGCCAAGUUCAUCAUUCGCAGUCUGGAGGGCAAGCUGCGCAUUGGUCUUGCCGACAAGACGCUUGUCGUUGCCCUGGCUCACGCCAUGGUGCUCAAGGAGCUCGACGGCAAGAAAAUCUCCCCUGAGGCCCUCACCAAGAGGCUCGAGGAGGGCGCGGAAACGGUGAAGGCGGUGUACAGUGAACUCCCCACCUACGACAUCAUCGUCCCCGCGCUCAUGGAGGGUGGUGUGGACCAUCUCCGCGCAAACUGCAGGCUCACGCCUGGUGUUCCCCUCAAGCCGAUGCUUGCCAAGCCUACCAAGGCUAUUGGCGAGGUCCUCGACCGCUUUGAGGGCAAGGAAUUUACGUGCGAGUACAAGUAUGAUGGCGAGCGUGCGCAGGUUCACCUGCUUGACGACGGCAAAAUCGCAGUUUUCAGCCGCAAUUCUGAGAACAUGAGUGCCAAGUACCCCGACCUGGUUGAGCAAAUCCCUAGGUCGUUCGUCAUCGACUGCGAGGCUGUCGCGUUCGACCUGGCCACCCAGAAGCUCCUUCCCUUCCAGGACCUCAGCAGGCGUAAGCGCAAGGACGUCCGCACCGAGGACAUCACCGUCCGCGUCCACCUGUUUGCGUUUGACGUGCUGUAUCUGAACGGCGAGAGCAUGCUUCACCACGAGCUUAGGGAACGCCGUCGCAUCCUGCACGAGCACUUCAAGCCUGUCGAGGGCGAAUUCGGCUUCGCCAAGGCUUCUGAUGCCACCUCGUCGGAGGAGAUCCAGACCUUCCUUGAGGAGAGUGUCAAGGACGGCUGCGAGGGUCUCAUGGUCAAGAUGCUCGCCACGGGGGCCUCGACGUAUGAACCUUCUCGCCGCAGUAUCAACUGGCUCAAGCUCAAGAAGGACUAUCUCUCGGGUGUGGGUGACAGCCUCGACCUUGUUGUUGUCGGCGCAUACUACGGCAAGGGCAAGCGUACCAACUGGUACGGUGCCUUCCUCCUCGCGUGCUACGACCCCGACUCGGAAAACUACCAGACGAUUUGCAAGAUCGGUACUGGUUUCAGCGAGGAGCAGCUCAAGGCCUUUUACGACGAACUGCAUCCCCUCGAACUCCAGACGGCCCGCGGAGACAUUGAGAUCGGCGGCGCCAAGCCUGAUGUCUGGUUCGAGCCCAAGGUCGUGUGGGAGGUCCUCACUGCCGACCUGUCACUCUCGCCAGUGUACAGUGCCGCGCACGGUAUCGUUGAGUCGCGCGGUAUCUCUCUCCGCUUCCCGCGCUUCAUCAAGGUGCGCGAGGACAAGAAUGCCGACGAGGCCACGAGCUCGGAGCAGGUGGCCGAGUUUUACCAGCGCCAGGCGACUGCCGCUGGCAAGUCGCGUGGUGGUGACGCCGAUGACUUCUGGUAG